AUGGUCCCGCGGCUGCUGAGUCUGGCCCCCUUGGAGCCGCCACAGGGGAGCGUUUUUUCGAGCGGUGCAGCCGCACUGCUGGCGCUGUGCUCCCACAGUGCUGCCAUCACCUCGCUGUGCCGGCCUUGGGUCUUCAGCACGGCCUCGGCCUUGCUGCAGAGCGCCCUGCGUGCCGGAGCCGGUGGCCUCGGUGCUGUUCGAGCUGCGAUUCCGCUGGCAGCUGCAGUAGAAGCGGGUGAAGAUGACACUUCGCCUAGCGAUUGGCACUGGGAAGUCGAGGAAAACCUUUGCAUGCAGAGGACCUUCCGCGGCACCUGGCGCAGCCGCGCUUUCUCCAUGUCAUCCACAGCAGGUUCGGGUGCCUUCUUUGCAGACCGCGCCGAGGCUGCAUCCCCUCAGCCUGCGCUGCGCUGCCAGCGCCUGCACGGUCUGGCUCAGCUCUUCCGACUGUCACACCUCCCCGAGUCACCAAAUGCAGCGCUGUUCCAGGAGCGGCCCCAGCUCCGGAUCGAGGUCAGCGACGAGCGGAUGGAGCUUUUCGUGUCGCUUUCGCUCUUCCCGGUGACCCGGUGCCGUAUGCCGUGCUACGCUGUCGACGAAUCGGCCCCUGGAACACUUGGCCUCUGGAUUUGUGAGCUGCCAGCUGCGGCAAGCGAGGCCAGAAAGAGGAGUCACCAGCUCGAUCUGCGACCACCGGUGCACGUGUCUGCAUCUUCGCCGGGCUGCAAGGAGCAUUUCGUCUCGGUAGCGCUACCACGAGGUCUUUACACCCUCAUCCCCUUCAGCUCGCAUGUUGUUCUUGAUCAGCAAGGAGUUCAGCGAGCAAAAUUUGGCUGUCGCAGCCAAUCUUGCGGAUGCGUGGACUCGAACCUCAUGCAGGAGUCCGCCUGGGAGCUAGGCAGCCGCUUCGCCUGCAUCUCUGCCUGGGCCGAAGCGACGGAGCUCGCUGUCUACGAGGCAGAUCCGUGGUAUCAACGGCUUCGCAUUGAGUGGGACUUGCUUAUGCAGUCGCUUCCCAUUUGGCUUUGUGCCGGGACGGAGGGAUCUAUGGAGGUGCUGAUCUGCGUGACGGGACCCGAGGAGGACCAGGCCUCCCUGCUUGGUGCGGAGCCUUGCGUGGACAUCUGGCCACCAAUUGAGCACCGCAGGGUGCGGAACGAGCGGACAGGUGGGAUCGAUCCACUCCGGCCCCGUCCCUUGUUUCCACAGUUUCAAGGAGAUUGGCUGGUCAGAUUUGUGCAAUCGCUAGUGACCGCUAGUUCAUUCAUCAUCUGCCCGAGUCAAUUGAUCCUGGACGGCUUACGGGACGAUCAGCACCACAACUUCUGGCCCGGCACCAAGGGACGGACUCCGACGGAAUUAGCAGGAAGAUGGGGCCGAGGUCUACUCAUCUGGUUGAGAAAGGACCAAGUUCUGAAGACGUGCGAGGUCGUCUUAGAGGUUCCCAGGAGCCCUGGGCGUGGCGAGGAGCUGCAACUGGACCUGUUUCUCUGUAUUCCCACAGUGGCCGUUCCGAAGAAGUCCAAGGACGUGCAGCGGCCCAAAGUGGCCAUCACCGCUUUUGUUCGUCAGGAGGAAUCCAGCCGCAAGGACAAAGGGGCUCCAGAGCGCCUGGCGGAGGGAGUGCUUCGCAAGGAGUUGAAGAGUGAGAAGGCAACGGUCGGCUCCUAUGCCGUCGCUUCCCUCACACUUUGCGGCGCAGAGUCGCGACAGCAACUCUUCGUCGUUUUGCAGAACAAUGAGUCUUGGCCGUGGCAGCUGCGAGUUCUCGCGAGGAUCCGGGCAAAGGAGGGUGAGAUUCCAAUGGGCGAGGCAACGAUUCCGUCUGCCCCGGAGAUUCCCGAUGCACCGCCGCUGAGGGGAGCCGUGCUUGGUGGCGUCGCCGAGCCCGGACGUAUCUACACAUGCUGGCCUGAGGCCCUGGCACUUUACAUGCCGAAGCGCGUAAAAGCUGCGGUGGCAGUGCCACCCACGGAUACCGACGAGCCUCAAGGACUCGCUGCGCCCGAUGCUUCCCAUUCUUGGAUUCUGCAGCAAGACUGGGCCGCGCAAGCUCCGAAGGUGGUCACGAGCUGUGGCACCAUCGCAUCAGAGCGAAGAUACAUCGAACCUGGCUCGUGGCCGGAGCGUGAUCCUGCAGUUGUCCCUGAGGUGGACGAGCAGGAAUUCCCGGAUGUCACUGCCACAUUGGCUCCACCAGCCCGAGUGGCCAUUGCGGCUUGGGCGGAAAUGUCACUGUUGAUUUGUGCUACUAUCUCCCCUGCGUGUUUGGGGGCAUCCAUGCCGGCUGCCGCUAGUGUGAGGGAUACUUCCUGGUCGUGCCAGUAA